AUGAGCGUUCGCCCUAGAAAAAUUCUCUCUGGCCCGAUUCCCAAGGUGCGCCGCUCAGAUGAAUCUCCUCCGCUCCAACGCCGCCGUUCUUUCCCCUUCCCUCUGAAGCAGCUCCUCUCCCUCUCCAUGGUCCUGAUGGUGACUCCUUUUCCGUCACGGUUCAGACCUCCUCCAGAUCCACCUCCUACAGAUCUGCCGACGUGGUCGCUGUGUAAGUCUCGUCCGUUUAAAGCUCGCUUCCUCAUCGUCCCUCCAGAACCUCCAGAACCCCCAGACGUUCCCCUUCUCCUCGCUCCUCUCCUUCAAACCCUCGAAUCCUCCAUCAAUCCCGUCGUCUUCCUCCCCCGUUGCACCUCUCCGGUUCCUGUUGCUGUAGCUUCUCCUCUGAGGUUCUUUGCAUCGACCAUUGGUUUAACCGGGACUGUUUUCGUGUCAUUUGGAGUGUGUGUUUCUACUGCUUGGUGCAGAUUUCAGCACAGUUCCUCUUUUCAGCUCGAGCCACAGUUUAUCUUUGCAGAAACCUCCUUUCUCUUAGUCAAGCUUUCAAAAGGGACUGAUGCUUCUAAAAAUGGAGGUCUUGGAUGGUGUAUCCAUGGUAUGGAUGAAGCCCAUGACUCUCAAAGCUCUGCUAGGAUACUAUAUGUGGUCUCAACCCUUGCAGCCGAAGCUUUGACGUCGCAGGUGGUCCUUCCUUCAGCAUCAUCUGCUGGAUUUUCAAAGCUUCAAGAAAUCUGGGACUCUAUUGUCCUCUUCUCUGCCCUGCAUUCAGGGAUGGAUUUAAACGAGAUCGCAGGGAGGAUGAGCUCAUGGGAACUACUUCACUGAACGUGACAACCAAGUAUCUCCAACUCUGUUGCGUAAGGGAGCUGAAGGGAACUGUUAAUCUAAUCUAUUAAAAAGAAAUUACAUUUUGUACAUAGCCCUGAAUUUUCCUCAAUAUUUACUUUCUUA